CCUGCGCGUGGAGCGCGUCGCGGCGCUCGGACUGCGCUUCGGCCAGGGUGAGGAGGUAGAAAAACUUGUGAAAUAUCUGGAUCCCAACGACCUGGGGAGAAUCAACUUCAAGGACUUCUGCCGUGGGGUGUUCGCCAUGAAAGGGUGCGAGGAGCUGCUGAAGGAUGUGCUGUCCUUGGAGAGUGCGGGGACGCUGCCAUGCGCGUCAGAGAUCCCGGACUGUGUGGAGCAGGUCCCUGGUCCACACUCCAUCCAUGACGACAUCAGACCUCUCCACACAUUCCACCGCCUCACUCAUCAGCAACGAGGAGCAGUUUGAAGACUACGGGGAGGGGGAUGACGUGGACUGUGCCCCCAGCAGCCCCUGCCCCGAUGAUGAGACCAGGACCAACGUCUACUCGGACCUGGGGUCUUCGGUGUCUUCCAGUGCGGGGCAGACACCGAGGAAGAUGCGGCACACGUACAACAGCGAGCUGCUGGAUGUGUACUGCUCUCAGUGCUGCAAGAAGAUCAACCUGCUGAAUGACUUGGAAGCCCGGCUGAAAAACCUGAAGGCCAACAGCCCCAACCGAAAAAUCUCUAGCACUGCCUUUGGACGGCAGCUCAUGCACAACAGUAACUUCAGCAGCAGUAACGGCAGCACUGAGGACCUGUUCCGGGACAGCAUUGACUCCUGUGACAAUGACAUCACGGAGAAGGUAAGCUUCCUAGAAAAGAAGGUGACAGAGCUGGAGAAUGACAGCCUGACCAGUGGGGACCUGAAGAGCAAGCUAAAGCAGGAGAACACACAGCUGGUGCACAGGGUGCAUGAGCUGGAGGAGAUGGUAAAGGAUCAGGAGACCAUGGCUGAGCAAGCACUGGAGGAGGAGGCCCGGCGACACCGUGAAGCCUACACCAAGCUGGAGCGGGAGAAGAGCACGGAGCUGGAGCUGCUCCACACCAGGGUGCAACAGUUAGAGGAGGAAAAUACUGAGCUCAGGACGACAGUGACGCGACUCAAGUCGCAAACGGAGAAACUGGACGAGGAGCGGCAGCGCAUGUCCGACCGGCUGGAGGACACCAGCCUGCGGCUCAAGGACGAGAUGGACUUGUACAAACGCAUGAUGGACAAGCUGCGGCAGAACCGCCUGGAGUUCCAGAAGGAGCGGGAGGCGACACAGGAGCUCAUCGAGGACUUGCGCAAGGAGCUGGAGCACCUGCAGAUGUACAAGCUGGACUGUGAGCGGCAGGGCAGGGGCCGCGGCUCCUCCGGCCUGGGCGAGUUCAGUGCCAGGGCCCGCGAGGUGGAGCUGGAGCACGAGGUCAAGCGGCUAAAGCAGGAGAACCAUAAGCUGCGGGAUCAGAAUGACGACUUGAACGGACAGAUCCUGAGCCUCAGCCUCUAUGAAGCAAAGAACCUCUUUGCUACCCAGACCAAAGCCCAGUCUUUGGCUGCAGAAAUUGACACAGCAUCUCGAGAUGAGCUAAUGGAGGCCCUAAAAGAACAGGAGGAGAUCAACUUCCGGCUGAGGCAGUACAUGGACAAGAUUAUCCUGGCCAUCCUGGACCACAACCCCUCCAUCCUGGAGAUCAAGCACUGAGGAGGGGGCUGGCUGCAGAGCGGCCUUAGGACCUGGGGACCAAGGGGCAGGCCCUGCCCCAGGAUGUGGGCCUGGGCCCACACUCACACUGUAAAUGUACCUCUGGCCACAUGCGUACCGUGUACUGGUGUAUAUGUGGGCUGAGCGUGGGACCGUGGCUGGUGACACCUGCGCAGUGAGCUGUGUGUGCACUUUGUGGCGCCUUUGCAAGGGGCAGAGGGUACUGGCAGCGGAGAGAACAAGGUCUGCCAUGGGAGUUCCUGCGAUAACGAGAACUGGACAAUUAUGUUUCACUUACUGGAUAAAAUGAUUCUACCUCUGGGAUAAGGAUUAGAAAUACUCUAGGGAGACAGGCUCUUCUCUCCCUGCCCCACCUCCCGGGACGAGGAGCAAAAUCUGAUCUUUUCCAGGAGUUUGGUUGCUCUUUCCAGCCUCUUUGGCCAUCAAGCCCAGGUAUUUGAGCUCAAAGAGAAGGAAGGGGCGUCUGGGGGGACCCAGUGGAGGAGCCCUUGGGCAGCCCUCUGUGGGGCAGUGUACGGUGUCCAGAGGACUCGGGUUUGCAGAGCUGUAGACAGGCCGUCCUCAUUGCUGGGGUUCUUGGCAUCUUGACGUUCUCCCUGCCCUCCCCGCCUGCUCACCUACCUCCCCUUUAUGGUUUGGUUUUGUUUUUAAGACAAUGAAAUAGAAGCACCAUUCAUUGGGUAUAAAAUGAAGAAAUCAAAAGGAAAGAAGCAGCUUAGGAGGUGGGGGUGUCAAAACAGGUUGGGCAACCAAAGAAAGGAUUCCCAGAGGGGCAGGGCUGCCUGCAGCCGUGCAGACGGACUGUCGCUUGUCACUAGUGAGGACUGGUGAGGGCAGGCCUCGGGAUGGAUUCCAGAAUCCGAGCUUGGGCUCCCCUGGGGAGCUAGAGCAGCCCCCUUCUUUGGUCUUCAUCCAAGGGAACAGACACUGCGCUGGUGGGAUAUGCAGGUGGGAAAGUUGCAGGGAAACCUUUGUCUUCCGUGCUUUGGACACAUGGUGGGAAUUUCCACCGUGGAUUUUUAAUGUGAUCUCUUGUUCUAGGCAGCAGGGAAUAGAUGUGGUCCUUUCCUUCGAGUUUUCCAGUCUGUCUGAAUUUUCUAUAGCUUGUGAUUCCUUUCCUUGACCCAAAUCUAUAUAAACACGUAUGGUCUUAUUUCUUCCCCUGCAGUUUCUUGUUUUCUUCAGCACAUCUAGCGGGAAGAGGAAGGUUCGGGCAUGUUGGGGAGGGUAGAGAGGGGUGUAUGCAGAGAAGGCGGGCAGCGGAGGAUGAAGAGGGGACCUGGGGGACUUGGGUGUGUCCCCAGGUUUGGAGGCAGGGCUGUAGCCAAGACUGAUCUUUGUUCCAUUCCAAUCAACUUUGCUUCUGUUGGAUUUUGUGAUUUCUUUUGAAUAUGUGCAGUUUGGUCUCAUGCUGCAAAUAAUGGGGUUGCACUGGUUCUGCCCAGGACUCUGGAAUUACCCAUGCCCAGAAGACUGGCUGGGGCAUUUUCUCUAGAAGGCCCUGUUCUCAGGAUACUAGGCUCCCCCAAGGGUCUGAGAAGACACAGGCAGAGAAAGGCGGCCUGAGGAGUGGGUCUCUUGAGAAUUUGCCAGUAGCAAGGAAUGGCCACAACCAGAGGCAAAUGACAAGUUGCAACAUGGCAUUGACCUGGGUUUUCUAUUGCAAGAAGUGCCACUGAGGCCGGCCAAGUCAGGGCCCUGGUCCAUGGGGGUGAGUAUUUAAUAAGUAAAAUUGCAUAUGUUCUUUAGCUGCAUUAGUGCAGAUUCCAGAGAAGGCCACAGAAGCCAGAGUUAGAGCCGCUAUGAAGGAAUUUCUGCCAGGGGAAGAGGGGGUGGGAAAAGACAGCCUGCUCCAUUCUCCUCGCCUCUCCCUGUAGGGGGCACCAUUGGCAUGGGUUUCCUGAGAGGCCAAAAAAAAAAAAAAAAAAAGCCAGGUCUAAAAGACCCUCUGGAUCUGAGCCAGUGUCAGAGAGGCCUCUGGAAGAGGGACUUUUAAAUGAGGGAGUGAAUUCCCUGUAACACACACCUUCCAUUAAAUCCAACCUCCUUACUUUCUUCGGCCAGGAUGCAUUUCUUGUCAGCUCAGCUUUUUAAGAUCAGAUAUGUUUGGGGGCUGGAGAUGUAGUUCAGUGGUAGAGGGCUUGUGCAAGGGCCUGGAUUCAAUCCCUACUGCCGCCCCCCACACCCCACCUCCCAAAUCAUGGAUGUCUUUAAAAUGCUCUUCUGAUCCUGAAGGCUAGCCUGAUGGGAGCCGAUGCCCCAGCUCCACAGCCCUGCUCCCGCUGUGUUUUCUGCCUCCCUCGCUCAUUUUCCAGCUGGGAGUUCUACCCCAGCUGUCUCUUGUUGUAUUGCUAGGUGGUAAACAUGUGCCCAGUUAGAUUUGAACUUCAGGCUAGGCACAGUGGUCACACCUGUAAUCCCAGAGGUUUGGGAGGCUGAGGCAGGAGGAUCAUGAGUUCAAAGUCAGCCUCAGCAACUUAGAGAGGCCCUCAGCAACUCAGCAAGACCGAUAAAAUAAAAUAAAUAAAAUCCAAAAAAGGGCUAGGAAUGUGGCUCCGUGGUGGAGUGCCCCUGGGUUCAAUCCUUGAUACCAAAAAAAAAAUGAAUUUCAGAUACACAGCAAAUAAUUUUUCACUUUUAGAAUAUAUAUGUUCCAGUUAAUACUUGAGACAUACUUUAAAUGAGCUUUAAAAUUUUUUGAUCCCCAAAAGGGCUGGGGUAUAGCACAGUGGUAGGACAUUUGCCUAGCACAUGCGAUGCCCUGGGUUCAAUCCCCAGUACCCCAAAACCAAACAAACCCAAAACCAAUCUCUGGACAUUCUGGUUUAAUUGGUCCUGACCCCUGACUCAAGCCUCUGAAUUUGGGAGUACCCAGGUGCAUCUGAUUUAACUGGGUGUUUUAUGGGAGUUUGGGGUGAGGGUUGUUUUUUGCCUACCAAUAGGACAGAUCAAUAGUAAUCUAUGUAAAGUUUAGAGGGUUUUGUUUGGGGGCGGCGGGGUAGUUCUGGAGAAGAUUCACAUUUUAUGUAACAUUGAGCUGUCCUUGCCAUCAUUUGGAAGCCAAACAAAAUUAGCUAAUGUUUUCCUUUUUUAAAUUUUAACUUUGAAGUAGCUGGAGUUAGACCUGGAUUGUUUUAUUUUAAACUGGUAGAUCUAUUUGAGAAUCAUCAGAGGGGAAUUCCUUUUUCUUGACUUUAUUUCUGAUCUAUAAAAAUCACAAAGCACCAGAAACUUCCAGUCCUCUGGAGGCUUCUAGCAGUGGGCUGACUCCCCAGAAGUCCAGACUGAAUUGCUGUGGCCCCGGCACCUAGAUUUUAAAAGAACUUGUUACAUAUUCAUCAUGCACACCAUAUAACUAUUUGAUUUGGCCAAUAUCCCGCCCACCCCCUGGUCCCUUUCAUCUACUGAUCUCCAUUUGGUUUCCAUGAGAUCCCCUCCCCCACACCUUUCUUUUCCUUUUUCCUCUCUGGCUUCCACAUAUGAAGAAAACAUAUGACCCUGGACCUGAGUUUGGCUUAUUUCAUUUAACAUAAUGGUCUCUGGUUCCAUCCAUUUUCCUGCAAAUGACAUAAUUUUAUUUUUAUUUAUGGCUGAGUAAAACACUGUUGUGUAUACAUACCCCAUUUUAUGUAUCUGUUCAUCUGUUAGUGGACGCCUUGGCUGGUUCCAUAGUUUGGCUACUGUGAAUUGUGGUACCUACGUGUUUAAAGACCUCAGGUGAUGUCAGUGUGUAGCUCAGGGCUGAGACCCCUUGUCCUAGAAGCUUGUUGGCCAGAGGUCGAGAAAACCGGUAGCAGUGGCCUCUGGGCUUGUUGAGCCAGGACAGGUCCAGGGCCUCUGCUGAGGUGGUGGAUGGUGGCUUUACCUGUGGUGAUGUCAAGUGGCCCUUGCCCCAGGAUGGGAGUCCAGAUGGCCUCGGGACCAGUAGAUCCAGCUGUUCUCCGCAGCUUGGAGAUGAGUACACUUAGGUGGGCAGCAGUCUCUGCCCCUGAGUCAGAGAUGACACGUGUUGAAAUGUAUUGACCACAGGCCCUUUACUAGGUGGGGGCAGAACAGAGUCGGCUGAGAGCUGUUCCCUGAGAGCCACGGGCUUACACAGCUGAGCUAGAGGGACCCUGGCUUCGUGGGCUUUGUCUGUGCUCUGACCGGGCAGAUGAGGGAAGGCCUGGCUCUUCCCAUUGUUAGCCAAACCAGACCCAGGCUCAGGCCUUGGAGGCUCCAGGUGCUAGUCCACUGACCAGUCUGAUUCCUGGCCCAGGUGGGGGCCCUUUGUCCCAGCGAGGGACGUUAUAGCCUGCCAAAGCCUGCAGCGAGGCCUGGUGAGGUGGGGAGCAUUCAGUCCCCUCUGUGUGCUCCAGGUGUGUGUGAGAGCUGGCUCUGGAUGGGAUUGGGUAGUCACCAUGCCAAGGAAAUGACUUUGGUCACCUGGUAGGUCCCUGAUGGCUCUGUAGGGGGCUGAGUGAGGAGAGAGGGGCCAUUUAGGGAUUCAAUGCUAGCAUCCCCCAUGGUCUCUCCUCCCCGUCCCUCCCUUUGGGACCCAAGGUCUCCUCUGUAGGUUGGUGCUUCAGGCUGUUAGGACGGAGGCCCGCCCCACAAGGGGUCUGAAGUUAGAGGGGCCAUACCUUCACCUGGUGACUUGGAGCUCUGAUCUUAGGGACCUCAAGGUCCUGACACGUGUACCUGUGAUGGGCAGCUGAGGAGGGCUCCCACGGGCCCACCCCACCUGCCUGAUGGGACGGUCCUAAGGCCCUCUGCCAUCCUCUGGCUGCUCAUCUGAGAGGUUACCAGCUUUCCAGAAGAGUUUGUGUCUAUGAGCAAGACCCUGGUGAAGGGCAAGGCCACCGUUCUCACUGGGUUCCGCAUGCUCCUCCUCUCUCCGUUGUGACUGUAGUGGAGGGCUGUCUGCCCCAGAGACACCAGCUGGGGAGGGCAUCCCAGGCCACCUCUGCUGCCAGUCUCAGUGCUGCUGUGCCCAGGGCCACCCUGCAUCCUGCUGGGACCGCCUGCUUUGCUGUGCUGCCCGGGCUGUUUUUGUCUGCAUGGUUUGGGGUCUUUGUCCUCGUGCCUUUUCUUCCCUGUCACCACUGUACGGGAUUCUCCCUGUGUCCCCACUGCCCCCUUUUCUACACACUCUCGUGGUCGCUGCCUUCCCAGCCCUGUAAACGUGGACACAUGCAUCCUACUUUGUAACCUCGGGCCUCCCCCUGGACGGCCGAGCUCCCAGGCACUUUGACGACCCACCAAGACCAGGCCCGCCUCCCCCUCGGCUCCCCCGGCCUCACCCUGCCUUGUAGACUCGGUGACUUUGUACAGAAUAUUUUGUCAUUGUCUUAAGCACUGGGGGCCGGGCACUGAGUCCCGCCCCCAGCCUGCGGUUAGUUAGAAACCUGAAUCCCAGGUAAGGGCAACUUCGUGUAAAGCGACUUCUCUUGCUGUGAGCAUGCGGGUACUUGGACCUGGGCCACUGGCCCCAGCAGGGGUGCCGUGAGUCUUGCAGGUCUGCAGCAGAUACCUGCUGCUCCUGGAGGAAGCCCUGGCUGUGUGGUUCCCUGUACCCAGCAGUGGGCCUGGGUGUAGGGCCACGGUGUCUAGUGUGUAGGACAGCUGCAGACCCCGGGGAGAGGAAGAGGCUUGCUACUGUCCCUGCCUGUGUAUUAACACCUGCCCAGCCCUUCCUAGUCUGCCGAAGGUGCUCAGACCAGAGUGCCAUUAAAUACCAGACUGGUGUCAGGACCCGGAUGGGACAGGGCAUCACUGAGGACUCUCAGCCCCUGGUCGCCUCCCCUCCUCCCAGCUUUUUCCCCCCCCGUCUGGGGCUGGGUCUCUUGCAGACCAGGUAGAGUAGACUGCAUGGUGACCUCACGCUCCAGGGCUUGGUUCACGGCUUCUGACUCUGUGGGAUUCCACUUGGGUGUUUGCCUCAGGAGUCCGGGUCUGGAAACGGCCUUAGCUUUAGGACUGGGAUGGGACUUCUGCUUUCAGGCCCCAGAGAGGGAGGGUGUGGGGCGAGGCCCCAAGGCUGGGUCCUAGGUCCUGAGCUCCUCGCCUCCUGCUGCUCUCUAUCUCAGCGGUGGGCACCUUCCCGGGAACUGUAAUGUACAGACCAAGGUGUAAAUAAACAGUGGCUUUUCUUGCCUGA